CGCCCACCCCCUUUCACCACCAUAACGAAUGACGACGCAGGCCUUGGCAGAAACCCGCGCUUUAUCACGCACGAGCGCUGCCGCGUCCGUCCAUCACGAACCAAUAGAAUCCAAAUCAUCAGGCGUCGGCAUUGGAGCGGCGUUUCGUAUUUUCGAGUGCAAUGGAAGCAUCAGUGGUCUCCCCGUCGCAUGAGACCAAGGAGUUUUGGAGUACGCUUUUUGGAUUAUGUUGGGCAAGGUCUGAAGAUCUUGCAUGACAACGAUGCACGGCUGGGAGUAGCAUCUUUUCACCAUCUGCGUGCGACACAUGGCCGGCCACGUCUGUCUCUUGUCUUUGCGCAGCCGACCGGUUACAAACCGUGUCACACGCCACGCUAUAGGGAGUGUUUGCGACACAAAAGUAUGGGACAACUUCUCAGAUUUUCGGCGCGGCUCUGGACUGUAGGCGCAGGCUUCCUCUUUUUUUCUUCCCUCUUCCACUCCCCUCCCACCACUCACCUAUUCUUGGCAUUCUCGUGGAAGGGGAGCCCAUUUCUGCUGCUUUCGAGGCUUAGCUUGGAUUGAGGGAAUACCCGUCUUACAUCAUGUCUACAUAGUGCGCAUUUACAAAAAAAAAAAGAGACAAGAUUCACGCCUACGCUUGGGGUCUGCACGCAGUUCUCU